GCGGUCUCACUAUCCCAGGAACAGAAUUUGUCAAAAUGGCGUGCUGCGACGGUUGUAAUAGUAAAUGUAACGAGUACCUGAGUUAUCAGGUCGUCAAAUACCUUCUGAUCAUCGCCAGCAUCUUCUUCUGGCUUGUCAGUGCAGCUAUCAUGGGCCUUGGCAUAUUUGCUGAGGUGGUGAGAAGAGACCUGGGCUCCAUGAACACGUUCCUGGUCAGCCCGGCCGCGGCGCUCAUCGCGGCGGGACUCGUCGUGUUCAUCGUAACCUUCCUCGGGAUGGCUGGAGCUCUCAGGGACAACCUCAUCAUUCUCAAAAUUUUCAUCGGGCUGAUGAUAACUGGACUCUUGCUGCAGCUGAUUGUGGGGCUGGUCGCUUUUGCCUUCAAGGACCAGGCAAAGAACUUCAUCAAUGAACAAGUGUCCAAAGGUGUGAAGAGCUACUUUGCAGACUUGGAUUUCAAGAACACAAUGGAUUGGGUACAAGAAAGGUUCUACUGCUGUGGCGGCGUGGAUUACGAGGACUGGGAGAAGAACGACUACUUCCGUUGUGCUUCCCCUGGUCCUGCCUCCUGCGGCGUCCCACAUACCUGCUGUGACCGGCGCGCGAAUCCGACUGAUGGAGGUGUGGUGAACACCCAGUGUGGGUAUGGAGUCAGGGUGUAUGAGCGUCUGGAGCUUGUGGAUAUAGUGUAUAUUCGUGGCUGCACGGAUGCCGUUCUUAUCUGGUUUGAGGACAACUUCGACAUUUUCGCUGGGCUCUGCAUUGGGCUACUCCUGCCCCAGCUUCUUGGGAUCUUGCUGUCGUACAUCUACAUCAACAGAAUAGAAGAUGAAAUCGACCAGAUAAAAACGGCACCUUAUGGGACCUGGGGAGGGGUUGAUGACACUGAUGCACCUGCCAAUAGAGACACUGCUGUCUAACUGUCAACUUAUGAACCAAACGCUUUCAGGCAUGACUGUUCUGUACAAAAGCUUCUCGUUAGUUAUUGCCAGCUUUUUGGCAGGCUUUUAAAUGUGUGAGUCAAAGAAUGCACCGCAAGCUGAAUUCUGACUUGGCUACUUUUUGCAAGGAAUGUAAGGAAGACUUUGCAAAUGAAGUUUCCCUUGCAGUUUUGAUUGAAAAAGAUACUUAGUGCCUAGUGAGAUCUUGCUACUCUGAAUAGAAAUUUUGGUAAUUGAUAAGCAUAGUUUCUUCUUAAAUGUCUAACAGGACUGGUGGUAGAAAAGCUGUAGUUUUGUUGUGCAUUUGCAAGCAGGUUGAAAUAGAUUUAAACCUCCUGUUGUUGGUAUUUGGUACAAAUCUUCAAAAGCAAUUCACUAGAUACAAAGUGCUGAAUGAAAAUACUUUUUAUUGUUUUGACAUCUCACUGGAAAAACUUUAUGUACAACCAAGUUACAGAUGUUUUUUUCCAUGUUUAUAUAUAAUGUAGUAGUAAGGAAUAUUGCACAUACUGCUUCAGUGAUCUUGUACAGAAUGCACUUUCAUCAGGAAUGGAAGAACUGAUUCUGACAGAUUUUGGACACUUGAAUGAAAACAUGUAGCCUGUGUUUACACAAGCUCUGGCUGGCUGCCGUCCUCCCCAACUCUUGGGCAAGCCAGCUGCUAGGAGAGCAAUUUAGUCGGGCUACAAAAACAUGGUGCUAAAUAUAACUACUGUAACAGUACAUCUGACAGUACUUUUGAGGUAGGCAUACUUCUGCUGCCUUACUUAAGAACAGUCCAUUCCAGUCUCAAAAGUCCUGUCAGACAUUUUUGUCAUACGAUAAUAAUCGGUCAGUUAGCUUGGACUAUUGAGCACGGGUUUUAGUCAGCAGGCUAGACCAUAGAUGUGCUAAAUGUUAUCAAAUCUGGCUGCAAUUUUAUACAGAUUUCAUUGUUGGAUAAAAAGGCUCUUUAUUACCACCAAGGAGUUUUCACAUCCGAUGUUUUGGUGACCGUCACAUUUUUCCGGGCAACAAUGACUGAUUCUGAUCCAUACUACAUGUUGUUGAUUGUAUGUAACAGGAGCCUCUAUAAUAUUACAAAAAUUGACCAAUUUUCUGUACAAACAGUGUUUCAGAAUGCUCAAGGCCUUUUUAACACAGUCCCAACAAGAUAUGCACUUGAUGAUAGAGUUGAUGAGGUAAAUCAGGACUUCAUGAUAUUUCUUCUCGGGACCUUUCUGAGAUAACAAUACGUGGUUCAAGAUCCAAAUAUCAGGAAUAGUGAGAAAUAAUUCAACAAAGAAACAAUUCAAACUUGCAAGCAAUUCACAACUUGCAAGUG